AUGGGAGCGGCCGCCCCGCUGCUGCGCGCCGCGCUGCUGUUGGCGCUGAGCCCGGCGCACGCGGCCGCCGCUCCGUGCGCCGCCAUCUGCCCCGCGGGUACCUUCGUGGCCGGCGAGGGCUGCGGGCGGGGAGCGAACUGCCAGCAGUGCCCGUCGGACACCUUCUCCAGCGCGGUGGGAGCCAGCAGCUGCAAACUGUGCCGCAAGUGCGAAGGAAGAUUCAAGUACUUAAAGGUGUGUUCACCAAUAAGUGACGCUGAGUGCACGUGCAAGGAGGGAUAUCGCUGCAGUGACGAUGGCUGCUCCCGCUGUGACAGAAGCUGUGGGCUGGGCAAGGAGAGAACUGGGAGCGGUUGCCAGACUUGCCCCUAUGGAACUUUUAAUGAUCAGCCUGAUGGCUCCUGUAAAAACUGGACAAUAUGUUCUGAAAACCAGGUUCUGCAGCCUGGAACUGCAACAAAAGAUGUGGUUUGCAAACACAGUCCAGAUAAUCCCACUUUAGCCACCACUUUACCCACCACUUCUCCUGCAGUUCCAUUUCCUAUCGCUGUGCCAGGGAGGGACCUCCAGAUGGACAUUAUCAGAAUUUCUCUCGCUGUAGCAGGGCUGUUGUGCAUAGCAUUUCUUCUGCCUUUGUGUGUAUGCCUCAGCGUCUGGCAGAAAAAGAAGCUACACGCUGUCUUCAAGAAAAUGCAGACUACACCUGAGCAGUCAGUCCAGGAAGAGACCUGCAGCUGCCGCUUCCCUGAGGAGGAACAAGGCGAAGAUCAAGAUUGUGGCAAAUCCACAGAAUUCAGAGACCUCUUGGAGAACUAAGAAUUGGACUGUCCAGGUCACCCCUAUUUGUUUCCUCUUAGAACACAACCUUUCAAUUUGUGAAUUUCAGAGUGCUAAGUAGUCCAUUUAAGGAGAAAGCACAUCUUUUCUAGCUUGUUGAUUGUUAUCUGGGACUGGGAAUCAUAUUUCUAACCAGUAGUAGUACUGCUGUGCUUAAAACCAAGGCCAGCAUGACAUUCUGGCUCCUCUUAUAAAUGCUGCCUGAGCCAUAACUUACACGAAGCCUGAAAGCAUUUAUCCCUAAAAUGGAGAUUUGUAGCGUGUAGGAGAGCUGUGUGUGCCACUCAUGGUCUCUGCAUUACUGUUGCCAGCUCUCCUCCUGAGUCUGGAGCUGCAGCUCCUCUCAAAGCAUAGCUCAAACCCAGCGGUGUUGGGUUUCUUCUGCAAACACAGAUCUCAUCUCAGACUUUCAGUUGCCAGCAGCCAUGGAAACAGAUCUGGCCUGACCACCACACAGCCUCUUAUGUCAGAGACAGGAAAAUGUAAAAAAAAAAAAAAAAAA